AUUUUUAAUUUAAUACUAUUAUGUAAGAAGUAAUUUGCAACAUAAUAAAUAUAAAAAAAUGGCAUACAAUUUUUCUGGAAAAAAAGUUCUUGUUACUGGUGCUGGAAAAGGUAUUGGUCGAGGUAUUUGCAUAGCAAUGUUAAAAGCUGGAGCACAAGUGUUUGCAUUAUCAAGAACCCAAUCUGAUCUGGACAGCCUUCACCAAGAGUACUCUGAAGUUGUUACUAUAUGUGUAGACUUGGAUGAUAUGGAAAAAGUAAAAGAAAAACUUAAAAUUAUCCCAGACGACAUUACCUUACUUGUCAAUAAUGCUGGUGUUGCAAAACUUCAACAUUUUUUAGACAUCACAGAGGAAGCCUAUGAUAGUAUUAUGAACAUCAAUUUGAAGUCUAUGGUGUUCAUUUCACAGUUUAUAGCGAAGAAAAUGAUUAGUUAUGGUAAAGGUGGAAAGAUUGUAAAUGUUUCAAGUCAAAGUUCACUUACUGCUCUUCCGCUACAUACAGUUUACUGCGUUUCAAAAGCUGGUGUUGACCAUCUGACAAGGUGUAUGGCUCUUGAACUAGGUCCUCAUCAUAUUAAUGUAAAUGCUAUCAAUCCAACAGUUGUCAUGACAGACAUGGGAAAAAAAGUGUGGAAUGAGCCUUCUGUUGGAGAUCCAAUGAAAAAUCAAAUACCACUUGGGAAAUUUGCAGAGGUGGAAGAUGUCGUCAACACUGUUCUUUUUUUACUUAGUGACGAAAGUAACAUGAUAAGUGGUGUUGUCCUUCCUAUUGAUGGCGGGUUUCUUGCAUCAAGAAAGCUAAGUUAAAAUGCGUUUUUCUUGUAUCAAGAAAGCUAAAUUAAAUUGACAUAUAUAAAGAAUAUCUGAAGACAAUAAGUAAUAUUUUAUUGGA